AUGGCUAGUUCUGAUGAUCAACACACCAAUUUUAAGCAUUUUUGUAGAAUAUGUAAGAAGGGUUUCACGUGUGGAAGAGCUUUAGGUGGGCAUAUGAGAGCUCAUGGUAUCGGUGAUGAUGCCGGAAAUCUUGAUGAUGAAGAUCGGUGCACGAGUGAUUGGGAUGAUAAGCAAGGGAACAGGAGAAUGUAUGCAUUGAGAACAAACCCUAAUAGGUUAAAAAGUUGUAAGGUUUGUGAGAAUUGUGGGAAAGAAUUCUUGUCGUGGAAAGCGUUUCUAGAACAUCGUAAAUGCAGCUCAGAUGAUGGCGAGUCUCUCGUGUCGUCACCGGAGUUGGAGGGUGAUGAGGAUGAUGGGUAUGAUGAUGAGAACAAUGGUGACCCGAGAGAUUGUGGUGGGUGGUCAAAAAGAAAGAGAUCUUUUAGGGCUAAAGUUGGUAGCUUUAAUUCUAAUUGUCCAUCAAGUGAUGAUGAAGAUUUAGCCCUAGCUAAAUGCCUAAUGGAGUUAUCAAAUUCCGCAGGUGUUUAUGCCGCAGAAACCGAUGUCGAAGACCCUUGUGUGUCCCCGAGUCUGGAGGAGCAACGGCCGAACCCUAUGUUUUCCACCGCGGCGUUUAUGUCACCUUUCACUAGACUAUCUUCACCUUUGGAUAAAGCCAAAGGUGUAGCCACUACCCCUAAAGGCAUGUUUGAAUGUAAAGCAUGUAAAAAAGUGUUCAAUUCACAUCAAGCGUUGGGUGGUCAUAGGGCAAGUCAUAAAAAAGUAAAAGGUUGUUUUGCAGCAAGAAAUGAUCAAUCUGAUGAUAACAUAGGUGAUCAUGAUGAUACCAUGCACGAGGAAUAUAUACCGUCGCCGAAACCAAUCUCGACCUAUCAGUAUAGUGAGGGUCCGAGCACAACACUCCUGGUCUCGGACCCAGCACCGUUGGUCGGAGUGGCAAGACGGAAAGCCAAAGUACACAAAUGCACGAUUUGUAAUCGGAUUUUUGCAUCCGGUCAAGCGCUUGGUGGCCACAAGAGGUGUCAUUGGCUUACAUCUAACAUGUCUGAUACUUCUUCUCUAGCCAAAUUUAACUUCCAUGAACAUAUUGAGCAACUCCACCAACGUGCAUUGGCGUUACCAUCACGAAUACUCGACAAAGCUAAAGCACUAGAACUCAACUUCCCCGCUCCGGAGCACAGCAUUUCCGGAUUAAGAAGAGAUCCCCGGUAUAAUCCCUUAGGCUUUGAGGUUUCGACCGAGAUUAAUCUACAUUCUUGUAAUGUAGAAAAUCAUUCGAAUGUUACAGAUGGAAAUGGAAAGUACCAUAACAAAACUAGUGAUCAGCAAGGACAUGAACAUAAGAACACAAGCAACAACCAUGGAAAAGAAGAUGAAGGAGGAGCAACAAUGGAGGAUGACGAAGCUGACAGUAAGUUGAAAUUGUCAAAACUGAGUCAGUUAAAAGACAUGAGUAACGUCAGUGGGAAUUCAUCUUCAUGGUUGCAAGUUGGGAUUACUUCAAAAACUCAUGAUGUGGGUCCACCGCAGGAUCCGUAG